AUGAUUCUGAAGCCUCUUGUAUAUCCUCUUGCCAGCGUCUGCCUGUUCUUUGCAUGCGCCGCUGAGUCACAACCCUUUAACACCAUUCUAAAGUCGUUCAAGGUGAUCGGCCAGCAAUUACCACUCCGAGAACACGUAACGCCCUCCACAGACGACAUGUCUAGCGGAAUCAUCAUAUCAGAUGUGAUUGGCAAGACGCAGAAUAUCGCAAUCUUUAGCAGUCUUAUUCGCGACAUUGACGCAGUGUCCGGAUGGCUAGAGGAUGCAGCGCAGAACGCCACAGUGCUUGCGCCAGACAACACUGCGAUGAAGAAUUUAAAGAGAAAGCCUUGGGAAGAUCCAGAAGACUACAACAAGUUUGGCGCGGAGGCGUACGAGGGGGCUAGUGGUUCUGACCGCGCCCACAGCAACAUGGAACGCUUCGUGAAGAAGCAUAUCGUGCCGGAAAGCCCGUGGGAGGAGGGAAAGAAGACCAAAACCCUUGCUGGCGACGAAGUCUGGUGGGAGUUCAAAGACGGUCAAAAGACGAUCCAGCCCGACAACAUCCAAGUGGCGAGCAUUGCUGACAAAGUCGCCAACGGCGAGAUUUGGGUUUUAGGAGGCUCGUUGUCAUACAAGUAG